CUUCGAAACUUUGAGAGGGAUGGGGGCGGGUCCGGGGAAGAUGGCUGAAAAAGAGAUAAGAAAAGAUGACCCGAGAGGCCUGGGACUUUAUAGGCGACGCUUACUUUGAGCGCGAGGGCGCGGGUGGGGAGGAAAGACUGCCCAGGGCCGCCGCCGCCGGAGUGAUCUCAGAGCGGCCAAAAGGCAAGCGAGGGCCUGGCUGCCUGCUGAAAGGAACAAAAGCGUAUGUUCAGUCUUUCCAGCGGUGACGACCUCCCCAUGAGAACAUGCCUCUUGCAAAAGAUCUCCUUCAUUCCUCUCUGGAAGAAGAGAAGCAGAAACACUGGAAGAAAUGCCUGGUGCAGAGCCCCAACUCCUAUUUCAUGUAUGUGAAAUGCCCAGAAUGCUAUAAAAUCACCACAGUUUUUAGCCAUGCACGAACAGUAAUUUUGUGUGUUGGCUGCUCCACUGUCUUCUGUGAGCUUACAGGAGGAAAAGCAAGGCUUACAGAAGGAUGUUCCUUCAGGAGGAAGCAGCACUAAGAGCAGCCUGAAUCAAGACGAGUGGGAAAACAUCCCAAUAAACACAUUUUGGAUAUUAAAAAUAUAUAUGUUGAGGAAAAUA